AUGGAAGGAGAGAUCAUCACUCUGCGUGAGAUCCAGGCAUCAGGCUCGCGCGAUGACGGUCGUAUGCGCGCACUGGAGAAGGAGCUCGGCGAGAUGGCGACAGACUACCAACAACUCACGCGCGAGACGGUGGAGAUGGAGAAGGAGCGCGAGAAGCUUGAGGGGUUGAUUGACUCGCUUCGUGACAAGAUGGAUGAGUUAGAGGUGCAGCUCAGCGACGAGAGAGUCAGAUGGCUCGGCGUCAGAAGCCCUGGAGGUACGCCAGAGCUGGGUAGUGUCGCAAGGGAGACGACCAGCACCAUGGUUCUGAGAAACGAGUUCAAGAAGAUGAUGAGAGAGACGAGGGCAGAGGGAGUCAAGUUAUUGAGAGUGAGUACUAUGUCUUGA